UUUUCGUGCUUCCGAUUGGACACGGGGUCUAUUGUGCGCAAUUGUGUAAAAUAGACUAUUGUGCAACACCCCCACACUAUUCUUAUUAAUUUUUCUGGAUCUAAUGACAAAUGACAUAGCCCAGUGGGCUUCUUCACCGCAUGAUUUGGUAAUGAAAUAACAUGACAAAUACAUUUUGGUUUCAUGUUACACCUCAAUAGGCCUACAAGGGGCUUGAAGUAGCCUACUUGAACUUUAAUUUGGAGCUCAGAAAUUGAAGUACUAGUAUAGGCGCAUUGGCAAUUUUAGCAUGUACAUUUUGGUGGGGCAAACCCCAUAUCGCCCUGGCAUAUUACAUCAUUUAUGCAGCAGCUUAUAAGACAUUUUUGGACUCACCUUGUGUGCGGCGGUCCUUCAGUUGCAAAUUUUGUCAUCGAAGGAAGAGGGAUUUACAAUUCUGAGUCGGAUGACAAAGCGUAUUUUCCCAGUCUGACUUCCCAGUUGCAAUGCUUGCGGUUUGCCACUGUUACCGAUUCCUUCCAAACAACUCCUUGUUGAAUUUGCGAUGGCUGAUGAGCACCGAUAUGUUUUAUCCAUAAUUUCUCAUUAUUUCUCUUCAUAUGACAAAGAUUAAAAAGGAUUUGCCAGUAGAUUGUCUACUUGAUUCAUGAUAGGACUGCAAGCUAAGAUUUUGAAAGUAAGAUGUUGACAUGAUCAGUCCAAUCAAAGCUACUGUAGAUAUGUGAUUUGACUUCAUUUUAUCUGUGUCCAGUUCUUAUCUAAGUCUGUGGCUGAACCCAAUGGGCUCACAUUUUUUAUAUCUACCCUUACUAAAGGUGGGUUAAGUAGUGUCCCCAUGGUUGACAGAACACUGAGCCAAUCACGGUGCAAUGCUCAACAGCGCUGAGUUAGGCUGAAACACCUGCAUUUUGGAGCUGCCUGUUUUCUGUAAUUGUCUCUGGGACCAGGAUGACGAGACUCUCUGUGACCUGACAGAGAAAAGGAGCAGAAGAGGCUUUGAGGGUUAUGUGCCACUCAUAUUACUGAGCAAUACCAUAUCUGGACAUCAUGGAGCUUGUAGUGGCCAAGGUCCUUUGCCUUCUGGGAGUGUUUGCCCUCAUGUUGGCUGGGAUUCUUGUCCCAGUGCGCCUAAUGAUGCAGGUGGAUUAUGAAAAAGCCCAAAACUACAGGAAGGCUCUUGCACUCUGCAAUUCUUUUGGGGGUGGUGUAUUUCUGGCCACUUGCUUCAAUGCUCUUUUGCCAGCAGUAAGAAACAAGGUGGAUGAGGUCCUAAAGCUGGUGAAUAUAACCACAGACUACCCCCUGGCAGAGACCAUGAUGAUGCUGGGCUUCUUCCUCACCGUCUUUGUGGAGCAGGCAGUGCUCACCUUCAAGAAGGAGAAGCCAUCUUUCAUCAACUUGGAGACCUUUAACGCAGGGGUCUCCGAGGCUGGAAGUGACUCUGAGUAUGACACUCCAUUCAUUUCACCCACCCGGGGCUCCCCUGUGGGCCACCACCAUGGGCAUCACCACGGACACCUCAGCCCCACUGAGCUGGCCAGAGCUGGGCCUCUGCGGCUGGCCAGCCUGGUCCUGGCUCUCUCUGCCCAUUCUGUGUUCGAGGGGCUGGCCCUGGGCCUCCAGGAGGACGGGGCCAAGCUGGGAAGCCUCUUCCUGGGGGUGGGCAUCCAUGAGACCCUGGCUGCCGUAGCUCUGGGGGUGAGUGUGGCCAAAGCUGCUUUGCCCAUGAGGGAUGCCAUCAAACUGGGUGUAACGGUCAGCCUCAUGAUACCCAUUGGCAUCGGACUGGGCAUGGGCAUCAAUAGUGCCCAGAACCUGGCAGGCAGUAUUGCCUCUGUGGUGCUCCAAGGCCUGGCUGCUGGUACUUUCCUCUUUGUCACCUUCUUUGAGAUCCUGUCUCGGGAGCUGGAGGAUAAACAUGACAGACUGCUGAAGGUGCUCUUUCUCAUACUGGGCUAUGGGGUACUAGCAGGCCUAAUGUUCAUCAAGUGGUGAUGGGCAGAAGAGGCCUUUUUAAUGCACUGAGAUGUCUAUGAGUAUCUUACUGGCCACACUUUGCAUUGUGUGCACACCUGCACUACCACAGUAAACUUUUUUUGUUUUGAUAAAGGGGUAGAGUAAAUCAAGUUUAAUAGUUUUUUUUCCUUUGCAUUUACACGGGGACAUGUUUGCUUACUAAGUAAGGCUACGUUACUGUUUUAGUUUCUGCCAUAGUGAAUACUCCCAUGUUCCUGCCAUUGAGUAGCAAUAGUAAAGUCAGUCACUUUGACAGUAUGCUUUUGCAUGUGUUGCCAGACACAUGAUUACAUCUCAUGUAGAGAUAUCAGGAAAAGUACUCUAUAGCACUUCAAGUAAAGACACUGUUGUCUUAUUGGCAUUUUGCAAGAUGAGUGAAGUGAUAUACAACUUUAUGUUAUAAGUAGGUUAACUACUGUAUCCCUAAUCAAAUAUAAGAACCAGUUCCCUGGAAACCUUUUGAGUAGCCUGUUGUAUGGUCCUGAUAUCUGUCGUCCGAGAUGAAAUCCAUGGUCUACUUUUUAAAACAAAUUGUAUUUUAAACAUUAUACAUUUUAACAGGGAGUCACAUUGAGAACCAUGUAUCUUUUUAUAAAUGAUGAGGUACAGGUUUUAUGGGUAGUAGAAGGUCUAUUAUAUUUCAUAUUUUGUUUUAAUGAUCAUGAAGGAUGGGAAGACCAAUGUGGUCUCUACUGUACAUUGUUGUCACAUUUGUGCUGUUUGCAAAUAAUGGGAUCCCUGUGACUGAAACCUUCAGACUUGGAGCUCUUGUUUGUAUUAUGUGUUAGGUGUCUUUGCCACAGUUCGCUAUGACAGAUAAUUUUAUACAGCUUCUUAGAUGUAAUUUAGCCAUUUUCAACUAAACACUCCUAUUUCAAAUACUGCCCAGGAGUAUCCUUGUUUGUUUCUUUUUUUUUCUUUCUCCUAAUGUGAAUGUGUAGAACUUGAUUUGCAGAAGCCACUUACUGAAGGAAGCCUACAGGUAAAGGUACAUUUAUCAAGUUCAGAACUUGCUGCACUCUCUAAAAUCUACAUAAGAUCAAUUCAAUUGUUGUUGGUCACAUACACAUAUUUAGCAGAUGUUAUUGCGGGUGUAGCAAAAUGCUUGUGAUUAUAUAAACAUAUAGUAGGCUAGGUCAGUUUGAAUUUGUCCAUGUCAAUUUGUGCUUUUAGGGACUUUUAACAAAAGGAAACAUUAAUUGCUAUUUUAAUGCUGUAUUCCAAAAUAAAUUGUACUGCUAAAUUAUUCAGUGGCAACCAGAUUUCCUUAUAUAAUGAGCAGUGGAAAUGCACAUACGUUAUGACUUGUAUUGCAACAUGGUAAUGGUUUAAUAAACUGCUUUAUGUUA